AUGUAUAAUCAUGAUAAUUUCAAUGAUUUAUUAGAACAUUGUCCACAUUUACCAUUUGGUAAUGAAAUAAGAUCAUGUUUAAUAUUCCGAAAAUUACCAUUAAUAACAUCAGAUCAACCAGAUUAUGCUGAAAAUAUUAUAUACUUUAGUCAACUUACACAAGCUUUAGCUACAAAAUUAGAAACUGAAAUUCUUCGUAAAAAUCGUAAUAGUAAACAUAAUACAAUGGGUGCAUUAUAUUGCCAAUUAAAUGAUGUUUGGAUAGCACCAUCAUGGUCUAGUAUUGAUUUUAAUGGAAAUUAUAAGAUUCUUCAUUAUUGGGCUAAAGAAUUUAUGAAACCAAUAUCAAUAAUAGCACAUUCAAAUAAAAGUACAAAUGAUGUUGAAAUAACAGUUAUAAGAGAUACCAUCGAAAAGUCACCAUUAACCUUUAAUAUUAUUCGGAAUACUUUCUUAUAUAAUACAUUAUCUCCAGCAAAAAUAUAUGCAGCUAAAACUAUUUCUAUUAAACCAAAUAGUGUAUUGUCAGCUGAUACAUUCCAACUUGAAUCAAAUUUAGAUCCAAAAACAUAUUUUUAUGAGAUUCUUCUUAAAGAUGGUAGAGGCUAUUGCUAA